AUGGUUCAAAAAAUAAAAAACUUUAUAAGAGAAAAUAACAAUAUAGUAUUACUUGUAUGUGAUUAUUAUCAGACAAAGCAGAUUCCCCCAAAAAUGACUAGUUUAAAAAAUAAUUUAGCUUUAUUUCCUGUUGCAAAUGUUCCUCUGAUAGAUUAUAUUAUAAAUUCUUUAAUUUCCAAGUCUCUUACAAACAUUAUUCUUUGUGGAAACCAUUUAGAAAAAAUUACAGAACAUGUAUCUCAGAUAUUUAAAAAAAGAAUUAAUUUUACGUGUAUUUCUGGAGAAGUAAAUUUUGGUGAAAUAUUAAGGAGCAUAAAUGAUAGUUGUUACGAUCUUAAAGAUUUUAUUGUUUUAUAUGCAAAUCAUUAUACCAAUUUUGAUAUAAAUCUACUAUUUGAGGUACAUAAACAAAAUCAGAAUUUGGUUACCUUUUUUAUCCAUAAAAAUUUCUCUAAUUCACAAGUUAGAUAUUUGUACGGUACGCGGGAUAAAUGUAUUGUAUUUUUUGAGAAAUGCAUAAAUGAUAAAUUUAAUAUGAAAAAUAUUUUUAAUUGCAUAAAAAAAUAUAAAACAGUAGAAUUUAACUUUGAAGGUAGUUCUCCAAACAUGGCAAUAAUUUCUCCUGGUGUUGUGCAAAAUUUUGUAGAAAAUUUUGAUUUUACUUCUAUGUGUGACUUUUUAGAAUCUAUUCUGGCUUUUAAUCCCUUUGAGUCUAAAAUUGGAUUUUAUGAGGCCUCACAUAAUUAUCUUCCCUCUUUUACUAAAAUUUAUAGUAAAGAAAUAUUAACAUUAUAUGACUAUUUCAAGUUUAAUGAAGAUAUUAUUAAAUCUAAAAUAGAAGACAUUUCUCAAUACAUUCAAAAUACAAAUAUAGUAAUUUUUGAAGGAAGUUAUUUGCUUAAUUUACCUAAAGGAUUGUCUUUUAAUAAAACAGAAAAUACAAUAUUGGGAUGUAAUAAUAAAUUAGAUAAAGAAUUUUAUAUUAAAAAUUCAGCAGUUGGUAGUAGAUGUAAAAUAUCUGGAAAUCUUAAAAGUUGUAUAGUUUGGGAUGACAUUGACAUCUCAGAAGAUUUAGAAGAAAUUAUUAUUUUUGAAAAUAAUAAUAAAUUUAAUGUACAUUAUUUAGAAGAGGAAUUCGAAAUUGAGGAGGAAAGUUUUGAAAAGGGGAAUUUCUUUGAUGAUGUUGUGAAUUAUUUAGAUGGCAUAGAUUUACAAACAGAUUUUGAAAGUAUUAUAAGACAGGUAAAUCUUUUUAAAAUAGUUUGGAAUGCUUCUAAUAGAGAUUUUAUUGAAGCGUUUGCUAUGUUUUUAGUUAAUUAUAUUGAUAAGAAUGAUAUUGAGACAUCAACUAUUAAUGCCUCUAUUUUUUUUCCUUUGAUAAGUGAGUGUCUUUUUACUGUAGAAGAUCAAGAAGUUCUACUGUCUAUUUUAUAUGAUUUAUUAUUAGAAAAUGAUAUAGAAUUUAGAAAAGAAGUAUUUUUUAGAUAUGGAUAUUUACUUAUUGAAGAUGGAAUAAUAUUAAAAAGCGUAUUAAAACAAUAUUCUAAAAGAAUAAAAAAAGGUACGUUCUAA